AUGUCCUCCACAAGUCCAGACCAAGGCCUAGAGCCCACGGCAAUUUCUCAUGCAAGUCCGAAUGGAGGAUCUGCACCAGGAAGGGCCAAAGGUGGAAGCCAGAAAGCCUGCGCCAGCGGCGUGAAGGAUUUGUGCCACCAGGCUGAGGGAUCUAAACUGGAGCCAGGAACUCACGUUCAAAGCAAAGAUCAGAGCUCCCCUGAUGGGAACAACAGCCAAUCACAGGGACAGAGAGGACCCCAGCUCCUCCUCCAAUCCCCAAGGCACUGUGCUCAAGAACAGAAGCCUAGGGAAUUUGUUUCCUGGGAAUCAGUUCACAGUGCUCAGUCAUCCAGGCACUCAGAGGCCUCUACAGCCAUGACACCAGCAUGGCUACUAUUCAAGCUGGCAGCAGACUUUGACAUCAUCCAUGUGGUGUUCAUUUUGCAGCCAGAGACCGGCGGGGACACGGUGCUGAGCGAGGGCAGCAGCCUGCACUCGGGCGGCGGCGGCAGCGGGCACCACCAGCACUACUACUAUGACACCCACACCAACACCUACUACCUGCGAACCUUUGGCCACAACACCAUGGACGCCGUGCCCAGGAUCGACCACUACCGGCACACAGCUGCCCAGCUGGGCGAAAAGCUCCUCCGGCCCAGCCUGGCGGAGCUCCACGACGAGCUGGAAAAGGAACCUUUUGAGGAUGGCUUUGCAAAUGGGGAAGAAAGUACUCCAACCAGAGAUGCUGUGGUCACAUACACUGCAGAAAGCAAAGGAGUUGUGAAGUUUGGCUGGAUCAAGGGUGUGCUAGUACGUUGUAUGUUAAAUAUCUGGGGUGUGAUGCUCUUUAUUCGAUUGUCAUGGAUUGUGGGUCAAGCUGGAAUUGGUCUGUCAGUUGUUGUUAUAGCAAUGGCCACUGUUGUGACAACAAUCACAGGAUUAUCUACAUCAGCAAUAGCUACUAAUGGAUUUGUAAGAGGAGGAGGAGCAUAUUAUUUAAUAUCUAGAAGUCUAGGGCCAGAGUUUGGUGGUGCGAUUGGCCUCAUCUUUGCUUUUGCCAAUGCUGUCGCAGUUGCUAUGUAUGUGGUUGGAUUUGCAGAAACUGUGGUGGAGUUGCUUAAGGAACAUUCCAUACUUAUGAUAGAUGAAAUCAAUGACAUCAGAAUUAUUGGAGCUAUUACAGUGGUCAUUCUUUUAGGUAUCUCAAUAGCUGGAAUGGAGUGGGAAGCAAAAGCUCAGAUUGUUCUUUUGGUGAUUCUACUUCUUGCCAUUGCUGAUUUCAUCAUAGGAACCUUUAUUCCAUUGGAGAGCAAGAAGUCCAAAGGUUUCUUUAGUUAUAAAUCUGAAAUUUUUAAUGAGAACUUUGGACCAGAUUUUCGAGAUGAAGAGACUUUCUUUUCAGUAUUUGCCAUCUUUUUUCCUGCUGCAACUGGUAUUCUAGCUGGAGCAAAUAUCUCAGGUGAUCUUGCAGAUCCUCAGUCAGCCAUACCCAAAGGAACACUCUUAGCCAUUUUAAUUACAACGCUGGUUUACGUAGGAAUUGCAGUAUCUGUAGGUUCUUGUGUUGUUCGAGAUGCCACUGGGAACGUUAAUGACACCAUUGUAACAGAGUUCACAAACUGUACUUCUGCUGCCUGCAAAUUAAACUUUGACUUUUCAUCUUGUGAAAGCAGUCCUUGUUCCUAUGGCCUAAUGAACAACUUUCAGGUAAUGAGCAUGGUGUCAGGAUUCGCACCAUUAAUUUCUGCAGGUAUCUUUUCAGCCACUCUUUCUUCAGCAUUAGCAUCUCUUGUGAGUGCUCCCAAAAUAUUUCAGGCUCUUUGUAAGGACAACAUCUACCCAGCUUUCCAGAUGUUUGCAAAAGGUUAUGGAAAAAAUAAUGAACCUCUUCGUGGUUAUAUCUUAACAUUCUUAAUUGCACUUGGAUUCAUCUUAAUUGCUGAACUGAAUGUCAUUGCUCCAAUCAUCUCUAACUUCUUCCUUGCUUCAUAUGCAUUGAUCAAUUUUUCAGUAUUCCAUGCGUCACUUGCAAAAUCUCCAGGAUGGCGUCCUGCAUUCAAAUACUACAACAUGUGGAUAUCACUUCUGGGUGCAAUUCUUUGUUGCAUAGUGAUGUUUGUCAUUAACUGGUGGGCUGCAUUGCUAACAUACGUAAUUGUCCUUGGGCUGUAUAUUUAUGUUACCUACAAAAAACCAGAUGUGAACUGGGGAUCCUCCACACAAGCUCUGACUUACCUGAAUGCACUGCAACAUUCAAUUCGUCUUUCUGGAGUGGAAGACCAUGUGAAAAACUUCAGGCCACAGUGUCUUGUUAUGACAGGUUCUCCAAACUCACGCCCAGCUUUACUUCAUCUCGUUCAUGAUUUCACAAAAAACGUUGGUUUGAUGAUCUGUGGCCAUGUGCAUAUGGGCCCUAGAAGACAAGCAAUGAAAGAAAUGUCCAUGGAUCAGGCCAGAUAUCAGCGCUGGCUUAUUAAGAACAAAAUGAAGGCAUUUUAUGCUCCUGUCCAUGCGGAUGACUUGAGAGAAGGUGCACAGUACUUGAUGCAGGCAGCUGGUCUUGGUCGUAUGAAACCAAACACACUUGUCCUUGGAUUUAAGAAAGACUGGUUGCAAGCAGAUAUGAGGGAUGUGGAUAUGUAUAUAAACUUAUUUCAUGAUGCCUUUGACAUACAGUAUGGAGUAGUGGUUAUCCGCUUAAAAGAAGGUCUGGAUAUAUCGCAUCUUCAAGGACAAGAAGAACUGUUAUCAUCACAAGAGAAAUCUCCUGGCACCAAGGAUGUGGUAUUAAGUGUGGAAUACAGUAAAAAAUCGGACUUAGAUACUUCCAAACCAUCUGAUGAAAAAUCUGUUAAGCAUAAAGAUGAGGAAGAGGAUGGCAAGACUCCAACUCAACCACUGUUGAAAAAAGAAUCCAAAGGCCCUAUUGUACCUUUAAAUGUAGCCGACCAAAAACUUCUUGAAGCUAGUACACAGUUUCAGAAAAGACAAGGAAAGAGUACUAUUGAUGUCUGGUGGCUUUUUGAUGAUGGAGGUUUGACAUUAUUGAUACCCUAUCUUCUGACUACCAAGAAAAAAUGGAAAGAAUGUAAGAUCAGAGUAUUCAUCGGUGGAAAAAUAAACAGAAUAGACCAUGAUCGGAGAGCGAUGGCUACUUUGCUUAGCAAGUUCCGAAUAGACUUUUCCGAUAUAAUGGUCCUCGGAGAUAUCAAUACCAAACCAAAGAAAGAAAACAUUGUGGCUUUUGAUGAGAUGAUUGAGCCAUACAGACUUCAUGAAGAUGACAAAGAACAAGACCUUGCAGAUAAAACGAAAGAAGAUGAGCCGUGGCGGAUAACAGAUAACGAGCUCGAACUUUAUAAGACCAAGACAUACCGGCAGAUCAGAUUAAAUGAGUUAUUAAAGGAACAUUCAAGCACAGCAAAUAUUAUUGUCAUGAGUCUCCCAGUUGCUCGGAAGGGUGCUGUGUCUAGUGCUCUCUACAUGGCAUGGUUAGAAGCUCUGUCUAAGGACCUGCCGCCAGUCCUCCUGGUUCGUGGGAACCAUCAGAGUGUCCUUACCUUCUAUUCUUAAAUGUUCUACACAGCAGACUGCCCUCCAGAAUGGUACUUCAGUGCCUAGUGAAGUGACUGAAAUCUUCAGUGACAUGUUAACGUUACUGUGGCGAACUGUGACUUUUCUUUCACUGUUUCGUUAAUUUGAAAGCACACAGGAAAGCUGUUCCAUCGUUAUGUGUAUGGAGACUUCAGUUCUAGUCAAUUCCAUAUCUCAGUUUUUAUGAAUGAUGAUUCUGUCUUGUUGGACUGAAGUUCAUAAGAGUAAAGUUUUCUUUUGCUACUUGAAUAGCAAUAAAAGUGUGUGAUUUUUUUGAUUAAUGAAGAGUACAAAAAGCCUUUAGCCUUGGGUGCCUUCUGAAACUAACCAAAUUUCAUCCAUAUAUCCUUUUAUAAAUUUGUAGAAUGUCAAACUUUGCCUUCAGAUAUUUUAUUUCUAGUCUCUUUCACUGUAAAAUGGACCUUGCUUUUCAGCUUUGGUUGAAUUAGUGUUGAAUACUGUAUGUUUUCUAUGUUUUGUAAAAGUAUCUGUUAGGUAUAAAAGGUGAAAAUUGGGGUGGGCUAAUGAAAAGUGGGGUAAACGGAGAGGAGGGAUAACCAGAACGUGAACCCCAAGGUUUGGUUUGUAUGAGUCUGUGUUAAUAUAGAACUAGGAAA